AUGUCGACGCGCGCCUGCUUCGAGAGGCACGUGGAGCUGGGCCUACGCCAUGAGGAAGCGAUGCGGAUGUGGCUGGAAGACACCGCCGGGCUGCUGACGGGCGCCCACGACCCCGCCGGCGCCGACGGCGCCACGCUGGCCUCCGUGGCGCCCAAGGCCGUGCGCUGCGCAGUGGACCAGCAGCGGCUGGCCGUGCGCGAGUACGGCGAGGCUAUGCGCCUGCGGCCCCGAGACGCGAGCACGAAGCGCCGGCUGCGCGACGCUCGCGCGCUGCUGGAGCGGCUGGAGGGCGCGCUGCGGCCUGCGAAGCCAGCGCCGCUGCGGCGCUUCCUGGCGCACUACAACCUGAGCCUGCGCUACUGGGACAUGGGCAAGGCCCGGGAGGCGUUGGCCGAGGCCCGUCGCGCGUGCGACGAGCUGCAGCGGGCUGGGCUGGACUGCGGCUGCGCGGGGCACAACCUCGCGUUGAUGGGCCAGGUGCAGGGUUGCCACGGGGCGGAGCGGAGGCGGUUGCAAGAGGCCCUGCGGAGCCAGCCGCGGUCGCAGAGGACCAGCUACGAGCUGGGGAUCCUCCUGUUCGACAUGCGCAUGAUGCACAGAGCAGAGGAGCAGCUCAAGGCCGCGCGCGAGCUCGCGCGGGCAGCCAGCUGCCAAACGCUGGUGGACUACGACCGGCUCAAGCAGCAGCAGGCCUGCGCGGAGGCGCCCAUCCUCUGCUCGCUGGAGGGAAGGAGGGCCAACCGCAUGGCGAAGCUGCUCGAGGAUCUCGAGGACGACUUGGAGGUCAUCGGGUCUCUGCGCGGCCUCUGGUGCGUGGAGGACGGCCCUGGCGUGGCUGAAGAGCUGCAGGCCACGCGCGUGCGCGACGGGCCGCGGCCACACCUGCUGCCCUGCAUGUACAAGCGGUACUCCCAGGACCACUCAGAGUGCGAGCGGUGGUGGGCCGAGAUUUCCAGAUCUGUUGACCUGGGUGCCGCCGAGCCGGCAGCAGAGUUCAAGCCGCCUCAGCGCAGGAGUGAAGGAGGCGGCAAGAACAGCUGGCAGCGUGGUGGUGGCAAGUCUCUCGCUCUCCCUGGGGGCGCGAGCAUCCCGCCUGGCAUCACGAUGGAGGAGAUCGACUCGCUGCUCGCGCUGACCACGAAGUUCGGCGAUGAGUCUGCCAAAGCACAGUACCAGGUCUGGAGGAAGCAGAAGCUUGACGCGGACAAGGGCCCCGUGGAGAAGCCCUUGGAGCGCCAGGCCAAUGAGGCGCUUCAGCAGGUCCGCAUCCUGGAGAAGCGCCUCGACCGUGAGCUCGGCAAUAUGGAGAAGGCUGAGAAGUGGCUCGCCGACUGCACCACCGCAGCAGCCGACGCCCAGGCUGAGCUCGACAAGCAAUACAAGCUGCACAAGGACCUGGUCACGCGCCUCCACAAGGCGGUCAUCCAGUCUCAGUCCGCUCCUGUCCUUCCUAGCGUUCGCAAUGGUAGCAGCAUCCGCGACGUUCUCGACGGCAAGCCUGAUGCCAUCACCAUCACCGACGACGAGGAGCUUCUCGCCCUGGACGACACCGACUACGAGCUGUCCGCCAAGGACCGCGAGGAGUUCGCAAAGCGUCGAGCGGAGCUGCAGGCUGGGCUGUCCACUCUCACCAAGGAGCUGUUCGCGAACAUGGUUGCCGCGGUCGACCAGAUUCGGGCCGACCACUCCGCCCACGUCAAGCGCCUCGCCAAGAAGCGCAAG